CUUCACGCCGGCCUUCGACGCCUCCCUCUUCCCGUCCCCGCCGCCCUCCCCGCGUCGUCCGAGCUCUUCUCCCCCUCAGAGACCACCGACCUCUUCGGCUUCCUUGAGAACUUCAAUUACGAAUUCGACUUCGAUCUCGGCUUUCCACCGCAUCACUUUGACAAUGCGCCCCCUCGCGACCCUCACGGGCUCAGCUUUGUACCGCCGCCGCCAUUACCACCACCCCCAGGGCCGCCGCACAUCGACCCUGCAUUGACCGAACGGCAGCCCCCCUUUCCGCAACCCGACAUCCAAGCUCCCCGCCCAUCGGCGUCGUCAGAACACUCGCAUUCGUCCGCGUCGCCGUCGUCUGCGCGGCCAAAGUCUCUGCUCUCGACCCCUCAGAAAAGGCUCAACCACAUCCUGUCCGAGCAGAAGCGACGCAAUGCCAUUCGCGACGGCUACAUGCAGCUCACGACACUCCUGGCGCCCGCAGGAGCUCCGCCAGGGUCAGGGAUGCCGACGAGGGGGAGGCCAAAGGGCAGCGGGAGCAGGGGGCGGGGGAGCAAGGGCAAGAGCGGCAUCCUCUUCAAGGCGAAGGAGUAUAUCCACUUCUUGGAGGAGGGCCGGGACGCUCUGCUGACGGAGGUGCUGAAGGUGGAGGCCGCAGCAGGAAUACGGCGUUCAUGACCCGCGACAAGCAUCCACGCUCUGCACUUCGAAGGACGCUGCUAUUUCCGUCUGCUGUCGUUGUUGUCGGUAUCAUUACUGUACAGUACAUAUAGUGUAUGCCUGUGUCCGCGAGAAAUGCGAGGACAUUGAUUGGA